AGUGGGGGGAGAGUCGCAUCUGCCUCCCAGCAGGGUUGCUCCCGCUUGUAUUUUUACGGUAAGGUUGCAAAGAGGCGGGAGGAAGGAGAAGCGGGAGCGGCGCGGCUUUACUUCUGUGACCACCCAACAAUGAGUUGGAGAUCGUAACCUGAGAACUCAACCCUGUUGCCCUUCCAGCACCAUUGCAACGGUUUGGAUCUUCGGGACAGAUUCUGGAAUAUCGGGCUGGGUGGUGCUUUUGCCAGGAGACCCUCCGAGAAGGAAAAUGGAGGAGCGGGGCCCCAGGGAUUGCCCGCCGGGAGCAAAGAAAGACCCUUGUGGGGGGGAAUCCCUGCCCCGGAGGACGGGAAGAGAGGUCAAGCAGGAACCAGACGAGGGAUCCCUUCAGCAGUGGGAAGUUCAAUGGCGGGAGUUCCUGAAGACAGUGGAGACCCCAUGCCCGGGGGGCUCUAAACCACCCACAGAUCCGUGGGAAAACAGUUUGGCCUUCCUGGGCUCCUUUGAGCAAGUGGCUGAGGCCUGUCAGUGGCCUGAGGAGGAGUGGGUGGCCCGACUCCGGCCAGCAUUGAGCGGAGAGGCCGAGCAGGCCUUCCUGAACCUGGAAGGGUGCAGCAAGGGGGAUUAUGGGAAAGUGAAGGCCGCCAUUUUGCGAGGGGAUGCCCAGCGGAGGGAGGAGCAGCGCCAGCGUUUCCGGCGCUUCCGUUACCAGGAAGCUGAGGGACCAAGAGGGGCUUACUGCAGACUCCAGGAACAUUGCCAGCGGUGGCUAAAGGUGGACGUGUGUACCAAAGAGCAGAUCCUGGAGCUGCUGAUCCUGGAGCAGUUCCUGGCCAUCCUGCCUGCGGAGAUGCAGCGCUGGGUCCGGGAGUGCAGCCCAGAGACCUGCUCCCAGGCGGUGGUCUUGGUUGAGGACUUCCUUGGGAAGCAGGAAGAGCUCUGCAUGCAGGAAAACCACACAGGGGCAGGAACAAUCUCCAGAAUUAGCCAGGCUGCAUCUGAUGCUGAGUGGAAGGUGCUGUAUGUAGAGACCAAACAGGAGGACAAUGACAUCAACGCUGACCUCUUAGGAUCUGAAUGGAAAAAUGAGACUGCGGGGAAACCAUGUGGGAAUUUCUCUGGCGGAACUGAUCAGGAACCCUUUGAAGAGAAAGCGUGGAGUCGAGUUCAGCCAGCAAACCGAGAAAGAAACCCACAAGAAGGAUGGACAGAUAACUCGCUUCCUUGUCCGGUCGGAGAUUUCCAACGAAUCUUGCUCCAGCAGAAAAACCAGGAAGAAAAGGAAAGGGACGAGUGUCUCAGUGAUCACUGGGAAAUGUCUACUGAGAUUGAAUCCCAGAAAAGUAUGUUUGGGAAGAACAUUGGAGACGCGGAAACGCCUGCUGGAGGGGAGAGUUCAUAUACGUACCUGGAGGAUAGAGGGAAGUUUGUUGGGGCUUUGGCUGCUCCAUUGUAUCAGGCCGUCCAGGCUGACGAAGGACAACAUAAACCCUCUGAUUUCAGCAAAAGCUUUUAUGGUCCAUCCAACCUGUUGAAACACCCAAGAUUCCAGAAAGGGGAGAAGUUGUAUAAAUGCCUGGAAUGCGGGAAGUGCUUUGGCCGCAGCGCCCACCUGACCUCCCAUCAGAUCAUCCAUACCGGAGAAAAACCGUAUCAGUGUUUGGAGUGCGGGAAGAGCUUUGUUCAGAGCGCCCACCUCACCUCGCAUCAGAUCAUUCACACGGGGGAGAAGCCGUACCAGUGCUUGGAGUGCGGGAAGAGUUUCAACAAGAGCACCAACUUUCUGAGGCAUCAGAAGAUCCACAAGGGGGAGAAGCCGCACCAGUGCCCGGAUUGCAGCAAGAGUUUUGCCGACAAACCGAGCCUCAUUCAGCACCAAAGGGUUCACACGGGGGAGAAGCCCUACAAGUGUUCCGAGUGCGGCAAGAGCUUCAGUCACAGGGGCAGCCUCAGUGCACAUCAGCGAAUGCACACGGGGGAGAAGCCCUACAUGUGCACGGACUGCGGGAAGAGCUUCCGGGAUCAAUCGAGCCUUAUUAGACAUAAGAGAACCCACACCGGGGAGAAGCCUUACACCUGCUCUGAGUGUGGGAAAAGCUUUAGCCAGAGCACCAACCUGACUUUGCAUCAGAGGAUCCACACGGACGGGAAGCUUCCAGCAGAUUCUCCCCAAAUGUUUAACACGGGGGUGGCCAUGCUCGUCUUUUCACCAAAUCCCGCAAACAGUUUAGUGGCGCUGGAAGGCUGACGUGCUCCUUCUGGUGCAUCAGAAGUCUUUGCAUUUGCAUUUCCGUUCUUAGAUGCCUACGCUGAAGUCAACCGAUCCAUGACUUUUCUUUCCGAGCACCACCUCUCUGAAGCUUGGAAGGUCAUUAAAAGGUGCAAAAUCUUUCCAGUGUUCCCCGUACGUAUUCCCUUGGGAAUCCCUCGCUGAGAGUUUUGCCUUUUGUUGGCAAUGUUAAUGGUCCGGUUUCAGGGGUGGGGGGCAGGGAGCAGUUUCAAUAGCUAAACUGGAUUUUGAUUGUUGUGUGUAAAUACUGGGUAUGAGAGAUAAUAAAUUUAUAAAAUCCAUUUGGAGUAUGGGAAUGAGACUCCGGUUGAAGGAUCUUGCAAAAUCCACAGGCAGAGUAUCCAGGGGAGACGGAGAAAAAAAAAUGUUCCAGGGUGGAGUGUCUGUCCAAGGUUCUAGCCUGCUGUGCUCCUUCCUAGGAGACUCCAUUCCAUCUGUCAACCUGAUUUUCUGAUUUUUUUUCCUCCAGGAGUCAGAAUGACAGCUAUGAUAUACUGAGCUACAAAUUAACCAGGCUUAACAUGAUUCUUGUUGGUAGAAACCUUUCAGUGCCUUUCCAUUUUUCCUGCAAGGCUGGAAUGCUGGGGCCUUCUGGACCAUGUUAAAGGGCAGCUCCUGAUAACCACAGCCCAUCUGGCCAGUGGUGAGGGGUUGCUGGGCAUUGUAGUCCAGCAAAUCUGUCUUUCUAAAGCCAGCUCAGGUGACUUUGAAAUGUUCCUCCUUUGA